AUGGGUCGCCUCUCUCGCCCAAGCUCAUGGGUCGUCUUCGUUCCUCUCCUGUUCGCCCUCCUCUCCUCCUCUGACGUCGCCGCUCAGGCACCGGGCACGCUAUCGGAUACGGUCGCUGAGCUUCAGCAAGCACUCUCGGAGCUUCCAAACGGGCUCGGUCCGGAGAUACAAGCCCUGAUGGCGGAGCUCGGCAUGACCCAGAGCGAGACGCACUAUCGCCCGUUCUUCGACCUCACCACGGGCGAGAAGAUCAACGGCAGCAUCGCGCUCAUAAGGUACCCAACCGAAAUGAACGACUUCGAGCUCGACUUUCUCAAGCUGACGCACAGCCUGGACCCGACGAAAAGUCACGCCAUGAUGGUCUGCGGCCACGCGCGACCCGAUCAGUGCCGGGAGACCGUCCCGCACCUCGGAGCAGACGACGCACAUCCGUGCGGAGCCAGCGACGCGAGUGACCCAGCAGCCGCCCUCGCUUCCGGCUUCUUCUGCGAGCUUCUCAACGCCACAACCACAACAACGCACGGCGAAGUCCUCGUGUACGGCAAGGAGAAGAUAGAGUUCCUCGAGCAGACGCACGCGGAGGAUCUCGCCGCGGGUCUGACACCCCAGCUCCCGGUCCUUCACCUCGAGAUCGUGGAGAUCGAGGACCUUCUCGAGGGCCUCGACCUCGACUACGAGGACUACGACUUCGGCAUCGGACCUUCGGCUGCUCCCGAGACGAGUGGACCCGUGGGAUCACCCAGUCCCGCGCUCGCUCCCGAGGGAAGCCGCCGCCGCGUCGCGCGUCGCCUCCUCCGCAUCGGCGGCAUCGGACGCGGAGGAUUCCGCGGCGGCGUCGGCGGCGUCGGCCGUUUCGGAGGCAUGCGCGUCGGCAUGGGAAGGAGGGGGCGCCGUGGCGUGGGCAACAACCUCGCGACCCAGCAGGUGCUUCGAUCCAGCUAUUACGGCAAUCCCGGCACGUCGGGACAGAUCGCCUACUACGGGACAAGCACCGUCGGCAAGUGA